GGCGCGUGAAGACCACAGUAGAGGCAAAAAAUUGAUAUGAACCAGUUUAAUGCGGCGGUGCUGAUAGGGGCUUAUGUUUAGGCGGCCCCGAUUGACAGCGCCACAUUUGCUAGACAAAGACCCGUGUCUUCAUUUUUCGAUGCACAGCCAGUUUUUCCUUAUAGCUAGCUGACUUUACGAUGUAAUUGGUCUCAAUGGUGCCGGCAUUUCUGGCAGUGUGGAGUGUUAUAAGCCACCGUUUUUAAGCCAUUAUCGUAUUGGGAUUUAAUGGUGUAAUUCUGCACAUGGUUUUUCUAACAAAAUGACUCGUUUAAAUAAUAAGCAGAAAAGUUACGAUGUCGAGGCGGAAGAGCAGGUUGAACUCCAUGGAUCAAACGAAUUAACCACGGGUAACCAUCGCAGAAAGAGCACUGGCCGAUCAGGAAUGGCCGGCUGCUGUCACUGCACUUGCACCAAAAAAUGUUGGAUUACGGCUCUCAAGAACAAUCUUAAAGUUAUGCUGCUUAUUGUCGCCAUUUUUGCUGGAACAGCGCUGGGAUUCCUUAUGCGGGAAUUUGAAAUCCACAAGGAUCCCCGGAAGAUAAUGUACGUCGCCUUUAUUGGUGACAUUUUUCUACGAAUGCUGAAGAUCGUCAUAUUGCCGCUGAUUGUAUCGUCAUUGAUAUCCGGUUUGGCCGCUUUGGAAUCCCAAACAAGUGGGAAGAUUGGAUUACGAGCUGUUGUAUACUACUUUACUACGACGGUUAUGGCCGUUAUUCUGGGCAUCAUCCUGGUGACAAUUAUACGUCCGGGCAAAGUGGGAGGCCAGGCAAUGAAACCAGAUGAUACCUCCACACCAGAACCCAUUACAACGGCUGAUACGUUCUUGGACCUAAUUCGAAAUAUGUUUCCGCCAAAUCUUGUCAGUGCUACAUUUCGUCAGUACAAAACUCAACUUGUCGAACCGCUCCCUCCGAAAAUAAACGGCACUAUACUAAACACCACCACCCUAGUAAAAGCUGUGGUCGACAAUACGACGGGAAAUAUAACCGAAGGACCGAAAGAUUAUAGCCACUGGAUUAUAAAGGGAACGGAAAUCGAAGGAAUAAAUAUCAUGGGUUUGGUCGUUUUCAGUAUUGUUUUCGGCAUUACGAUUAGUCGGCUUGGAGAGAAAGGGAAGCCUUUGAUGUUGUUUUUUGAAUCACUAAACGAAGCUACCAUGAGCAUUGUUGCCGCUAUUAUGUGGCUGGCUCCACUCGGUAUUACCUUCCUGGUAGCCGGACAAGUGUUGCUCGUUAAAGAUUUCGGAGUUAUGUUGUUUCAACUUGGCUAUUAUUUUCUUACGGUUUUGUCUGGACUAUUAAUUCACGCGUUUGUGGUGCUUCCCAUUAUAUUCUUCCUUUUCACAAGGAAGAAUCCGUUCACAUUUAUAAUCGGCUCAUUACAAGCUUUUGCCACGGGAUUCGCCACCAGUUCAUCAUCAGCCACUCUGCCCAUUACUAUACGCUGUGUGGAAGAAAAUAACGGCGUAGACCCUAGGAUUACCCGCUUUGUCCUACCGAUUGGUUCUACUAUCAACAUGGAUGGAACUGCCUUAUACGAGGCUGUGGCAUGUCUGUUUAUUGCCCAAACACAAGAUGUCGCCAUGGAUCCAGGGAAAAUUGUGGCUGUCAGCAUCACAGCAACGGCCGCCGCCAUCGGCGCGGCAGGGGUGCCGCAAGCUGGAUUAGUGACAAUGGUCAUGGUGCUGAAUGCUGUCGGUCUGGAUGCCAAAUACGUUUCCAUGAUUUUGGCUAUUGAUUGGUUUUUGGACCGCAUUCGCACAACGGUGAACAUUCUCGGAGAUGUCAUCGGAUGUGGUAUCGUACAACAUCUGUCAAAAGACUUCUUAGCCAAAAUGGACGAAGAGCAGAAACUCAAACGCCGAGCUAGCCGGGCGCAACGACUACAGGAAGUUAUGGAGGAUGUGGAAGUGGAGAGUGCACUGCUGCCCAAAAAUGAAGUUAUAAAAUCCGACAACACCGUUGUCCAUGUCCACACCUGAACACGUAUAUAUACGAUGGCUAAGCUGACAAUUUACAACCCAUCGAUAGAAAACGAGCUAUCGUCCGUCCAGUAUUUAGUGGUCUAGUUCCCAAUUAAAUCUGUUUUCUUGA